UUAACCUUUUAAUGAUGUAGACGAAGCAAUAUAAUAAGCUUUUCGUUGAUACGCAUUCAUCCAGGUGUUACUUUGAUUAUCAAGCUUUACCUGUUUGAAUAGUUACUCGGUUUGAUAUUUAGCAAGAUGGAGUUUAAUAUGAUGUUUGCUGUAUGUGUUGCAGUGUUAGCUGGAAUAGAUGCUGGGUAUGUGGAUACAUGUGCAAGUACACCGACACAAAACUGUUCACUUUUCUCCUACAAAUCGGAUCUUGUUUCGGCGCAAGACCUAAGGAAUCAGAAUAUGACGUCUGGCGGAUGGACAAUGAUUUAUGGCUCCGAAUUCGCUUUGAAACAAAGUUACGGGAAAUGCAAUUAUAAAUGGAUUCCCAUGGAAUCAGACAAUGUCAUCAAAAGGCAGCACAUUUGCUACAAUAACGAUCUUAAAAGAUGUGAAAGUUUUGAUGCUUUUGUAACAUGGGUUGAUGAUGAAUGUGGCAGAGUAAAAGAGAUUGAAGUCAAUAACACAAUGACAGGGACUUUCUUCAGUCAGGAUGUGCAGCAGUAUUUACUGUACUAUAUGUGUUUCAAUCAAACAAGUGCAGGUGCUUGUGCUGUCCGGUAUUUAGACAUCAUAGUGAAAGACUACCGAUAUAAAGAUUCCCUAGACAAGGAACUUGACUUAAAAGGAAUGCCAUGGCAUCUCUUAUCUGCUGAUUUAAAGAACAACUUUGGAUUUGAGUUUUCGAGCCAAGAAAUUAAUUUCCAUUGGAAAGGACCAGAGUGUAAUUUUGAUGGAACAAUAGUAACGGAUGAUGUAAGUCGACCGAGGAUCGCCUACUACAUGCUGCACAUUAUGUUGAUCCUCACAUAUUCGUUUUAAUCUAAAAGCUAUGUAUAUCAACACAUUUCGUAUCGUACCUUUUUAAAACUAUUAAGAGCAGCAGCUUCAGCGUAUGAACAUUACUUAGUAUGUUAGUUGUAAGUGUGUUAUUACCACGUAUGAUAAUAUUUGUUGUUGUUGAACUAUAUUUGUAUAUAUCUGUGUUAUAAGAGGGCCUCAUGCAAGAUUAGCGUCAGCUAAAUGAGUUACCCUCUAUAAAUAAAGAGUUUACUUACUUACUUACUUAUUUACUUACGUGGCCUUAUUGGGAUCUACAAGUUUUAUAUGAGAUAUGUAUGUGCCAUGUUAUUUGCCAUUUUUCUUUAUUCAAACUACACCUCCGGAUGAAUAUUUGCCGGGAUAGCGUCGAGGAGUUUUACCUCUAGAAGAUUGUUUACCAGAGCAGCAUUACUGAGUUUACAUCUGGAAGGUUAUUUUCCGUAAGAGUCUUAGGAGUUUUACAUUUGAAUAAGAACUUGUCCAUUUAACUAUUAUCAACCAUGACUUGUCACAUGUGACAUUUUAUUCGUACCUUUGUACUUUACAAGAGUAAUUCAAUUUCUGAAACUAACAUUAAAAGCUACAUCAGGAGUGUAGAAGGUCACAAAGUUGUCAGGAAUUGGAAAUUCGGAGGGAUAAUGUAACAAUAUAAUUAUCAUUCUAACACGACCCGAUUCAUUUUCCUAUUAAACAAAGAAGGCUGAAAAUUGUGUGUUAUUAUACAACAAAUUAUUUUUCUGACGUCACAAUAAUUACGUAAAAUCGUCAGGCGGCAUAGCGGCACGCUGGAAAAGAAACCAAACAUAAAACAGGGUAGAAAAUAACUUGUACGAUUAUUAUUAUUAUUAUUAUUAUUAUUAUUAUAUAUUAUUAUUAUUGUUGCCGUUGUAUGUUAUGUAGAUUUCAAAAGCCGCUUAAACUUUUAAAAAUAAGUUCAUCUUGGAUGUAUCAAAAUGCCCGGCUUUUGGCGAAGUGAGUCGAAUUCAUUGUGUAGUUUUACGUAACAGAUUUAAACAAUAUUUUUUCUUGUUCAGUAACUUACAGUAAUGUUCUGAAACAAAAAUAUCCAAAUAUCUAUAUAUUGAAUAUGGGACUUUAACAUAAAAUUAUUUGCUUGUUAAGACUAUAUUACCAUUUGUAACUUAUUAUUACGGAUGAUUGGCCUGCUUGUACGAAAGUGUUUAUUGUUAGUGAAAAUGGAAACAUUAAAAAUAAAAUACC